AUGGAGGUCCUUGCUGGCCCAGACAAGGAGAUCAUCACGAUACGAUAUGCAUCCUCGGACGCGAAAAACAUGUCGACCGAGCAUACAACCCUCGAGGUCUCUCCACAAUCCGAUCUGCCUCCUUUCUGCUACGACGGCAGCCAUCUUCCCUGGAAGGCCUUCCGCCAACAUGUGCUCGGCGCACAUCGCAUCAGAAUCCUAGAUUCUCCUCCCAGAGAGAAGAUCCCCCAGACUCUUGUGGCCAUGAUCGAAGCAGACAUGCCCAACGCCACCAGAUACGGCGACCUGGAGCGUGCCUUUCGAGAACAAGUCGGGAUGGGCCGCGGAUUUGGCCCGUCUCCAAUCUUCCCACCCAAUAUCCUGCCACCCAUCGACGACGAGCCCCGACUCGCCCGCUGCAUGAUCCCCUGCUUCAGCCGCGAUGCGCUCCCCGAACGCGCGCUCAACCGAAUGGGGCCCUUUUACGAGCUGCAAGUGCCGCGGUCCGGCCUAGGAUGUGGCUUCUCCUCUUCCUCCUUGAGCGCUGAAGAGAUCAGUGUGCUUCCUCCGUGGCUCGUGACCACGGGGACCAUAGUGCACUUCGACACAGGCUACAUCUCCCCCGGCGCCGCGCUGUACUGCCCCUUCCUGAUCUUCGAACGGGCAUUCGGCGAGAAGGAACAACAACAGCGCCUCGAGGCGGCGAAGAACCAAAGCGCCGUGGGCGGGGCCUGUUGCGUGAGAGCUCUUCAGAUGCUGUAUGCCAGAGCGUGGAAGGGCCAGAGGAUGCCUGCGCUACCUGUGGCGUUUUCGUGUGUCAUCGACAACACCUUCGCCGUCUUGAACAUUCAUUGGAUCGACCACGGACAGGCAUAUUGUAUGUCUCCGCUGUGCAAAUUCGACUUGAGCAGGGAAGAGCAUUUCAAGUCUUUCCUCGUCUGGGUCGACGCCGUGGGCAAAUGGGCUUUGGCGCAUCUUCUGCCCGUGGUCAAAACUGCUCUCGGUCGUCUACGUUCAACGGGGGACACGCCGCCUCCUACACCGCGUGCUGGCAAAUUGACUCUCGAUACGGGCGGUAAUGGCUGUGCUAUUACUAAUGCUGCCACUGCAGCUACUGUUACUAGCAACGACGUGCUGAUCAGAUCGCUGAAGACCACAUUCGACCAUAUUCCGUGGAGGUUUGAAGAUGACGAGUUCACCCCGGUGAGCAGCAGUACCGCCAGCUGGGGCAGUCCGAUGAUCACGGAUGUGGGAUUUGCGAACAUGGGUUAUCCGCUUAUUCCACGCACGCCGACGCUGUCGGAAAGGACUCCUACUUCGGCGUCGAGUCUGAAUUCCUCCUCUUUCUCGGCGCUGCAGCAGAGGAGACAAUAUCCCAGCCUUGCGAAACGGUUGGGUCAAAGUCAAAGUCAAUGUCAAGACCAAGGCAGCCCUCCGCCAGCUUACACUCAGAACCCGGAACUCGUGUGGCAGAAACGCUUUUCCCACGCCAUGGACGAGGUGCGCGACUUGCAGCGCCAAUUGACCGCCCUGAAGAACGACGCUCUGGACGAGAUGCGAGAUCUCCAACGCCAAUUGCAACUCCUCGAGAUGGACGUCCAUGGAUCGACUGUGUCCGUCCACAGCGAGUUGUCUGGGAUCAAGACGACCAUCAACUCGCUGUUGAGGAAGGAGACGUUCAGCCUCCGAAACAAGUCGUUGACUAUCGGGAUCCAAGAGUCUUGGUCGAUGCAGAACAGCAACAGCAUUCCAAAGAGUCCACUGGUCAAUGAAGUCCGGCCGCUGAAGAAGGCCCCAACGAUCUCAACGGAGAAGGUUCUCCCUACAUAUACGAAUGAGAAAAGUGCACCUGUCUCUACGCCAUCAUCGCCAAAGUUCCUAUCGCCAGGCCUACCUUCUCCAGGUCUACCAUCACCAGGCAUGCCCUCUCCAACCUUUUCAAUCCAAAGCGAGAUGAACAUCGACUACACCGUCUUCAUCCCGCCUGCGCCUCCGAAAUCCGCCUCACUGUGGCGGUUUGCCAGCAUGAUGGUCUCAGGGCAUGUAGUGGGCAUGUUCAUCCCUAACAUGCUCCUACGAGUCUUCGUCUUGGGCUGCGUGACUGAUGUGUGUAUGCUGGCAUUCGUCAGUCCGCAUUACCCCAGCUCGGCUGAGUAUUUCUUGUCAUUGUGGCGGACUCGAUGA